CUUUCCUCUAUUGUCUCUUCUCGCAUCAGAAUUGAAGAAUUUCAUGGUGUUGUGGGUGACACAUAUACGUAGAAAAUUUUUAGUUUAAGACCACAUUGGCACCAACUGCGGGGAAAUGGAAUCAAUGGAAUAUGAGCUCGCUAGAAAUCUCACUCUAUUGUUUUUCGUGGAGCGCCUACUCGAUAAAGGCGAGCCGAGAACGUUGCACGAUCUUUCCUGCCAGUUCGGUGCCAAGGGUUUCACUAAGGAGAUGCGCCAGAUCGCUGGCGGGUCGCAGUCGGGCCUCAAGAAGUUCCUGGGCCAAUAUCCCGCGUUGUUCAACAUAGACGGGGACUAUGUCGAUAUCAACACGUUUCAAAGGCACCUAAGCGGCGCUGGCGCCUCCUCAAACACCGACUACAUAGAAGAAGCAAAGGAGUACUUCGCGGGCAAGAUGAUCCAAUACGGCGAUGGAACCGAAGUGCCUAUCAAAAGUCUCCUAGGACACCGUAGUCAAGCAUCCCCACAGGUACGACACAUUUCCGGACAGCGUAUCAAGGAGUUCAAAGAUUUCCUUCUAAAGCAUCCGGAUACCUUUCAAAUUAUCGAAGAUAAUGUUGUUCUAGUCAGUGAGAAUCAUACAAGGGAAAAUGCUCACAGUAAUGCCGAGCAUUUUCAUAAUUUGCCUGUAGCUAAUAUAAACACAGAUACUGCCCAACAAUUGUUAGAUUAUGUUGCGCAGUGCAUUGAAGCAAAAGGUCCCGUUAUGGUGGACCAACUCUUUCACUUGAUUGUGUCUCGAUUUCCUCAAGAAUACUGGUAUCAGAUGUUCAAGACACCGGCAGACUUGAGCGCCUUCCUAAAAAUAUUUUCAGACAGCUUUCACGUUCAAUCCAAUCUUGUCACACUUAUAAGCAAACCAAAAAUACCUGUAAUGUAUUUAAAUGCAAAAACAAAAGUUAAGACUGACCCACCAAAGCAAGUGGUUGAAGAAAAACCUGUCUCCCCUGUGCCUCCAAUAGCGGUGAGUCCGAUUCCAUCAGAUGGCAUGAGGAGCCCUGCACACAGGAUCCUCAGUCCUAUAGAAUCUCCUCGUGUUCAACAAGCAAAUAUAGCCAAUCAAACACUUAAACAAAGAAUAAAUUCUAUUGUUAUAAAGAAUUUAGCUGAAAAUAUGGUAAGGGAUAGAGUUAAUAACCACUUAAAUGCCCGUGCUUCAGAAGAUACCAAUGGAAUGGCAAGUAUUAGAAAUAAUAUGAUGGGUGAGGCUUGGAGGCACAAAGUAUUGCAGAGUGCCACUGUCAUAGCUAAUGUUAGAGAAUGUUUGACAGUUAUUGACAGUAUCAUGAACAAUAAACGUACCACUAAGAGCAUUGUUUCAUUUGACUGUGAAGGUAUUAAUCUGGGAUUAAAAGGAGUACUGACCCUGUGUCAAAUAGCCACAAUGAAUGGUGAAGUUUAUAUUCUCGACAUCAUGGCCUGUCCAGGUAUGGUAGUGGAGGGAAAAAUAAAGGAGCUAUUAGAGAGUGAAAGUGUUAUUAAAAUUAUUCAUGACUGCAGAAAUGAUUCAGUCAAUUUAUAUAAUCAAUUUGAAAUUACAUUGAAAAAUGUUUUUGACACACAAGCAGCUCACGCCGUGUUACAGUUGCAACAACAGUGUGUUCCUGUUUACAAAGUUAAAAAUCUCAGUCUUAAUGCACUUUGUGAGCUAUACAAUGCUCCCAUGAAUCCCAUGAAGGAACAGUUGAAAAAUGUUUACCGUAGGGACCAACGCUACUGGGCACGUAGACCAUUAACAAAGGAUAUGAUUAUUUAUGCAGCUUCUGAUGUACUUUCUCUUGUGAAUCCAGCAAUUUAUGCUUAUAUGUCAAACAAUAUUAGAUCUGACAAUCAACAACUUUUUGAGGAGUUGUCAAAUGAACAAGUUUUUAUGCAUAUUCAACCUACAGAAGUAAAGUUAAGAAAGAGACAAAGAAAAAUAAACACUGAAGUGGGUGAAUUAAAACUAAAGUUGGCUGAGUCAACGAAAAAUAUUGUUUUGAGUAAUAGGGAAAUUAGAUUGUUGAGAUAUUUGGAAUUAACUGAAGACGAGAAGGAAAAGCUCAAGGGGUGUCACAAAAUCUCAAAGAAAUUAGAAAAACUUGAAGCUAUGGGUCAAGAUAAAGACAGUGAUUCUGAUGAGGACGAAAAAGAAAAUGAGAUGGCCAGCUUAGAAUCAAACCCUUCAGAUCCCAUAUCUUCACCUCACUCCACACAGCCUCCAAGUCUAACAGAGUCAAUGCAGAUGAUGGAUGAGAUAUUAUCAGACACAAAUAUGGACAAAGUGGAAAAGAUCAACCGUUUGGAAGCUAUUCUUUCAGCUGUGGCGCCCCUUAGUGGUGAACUUGAAGAUAAAUUCUCACAGACAAUGGAACAAACUCUACCUCUACUCAAAAACAAAGAUUGGUCAAAUUUAAGCCAGAUUUUGAACAUAGGGGAUACAGGGAGGAAAAAUUGUGGUUGCAAAUGUCAUAAUGCAAAUUUUGAUGAUGUCAAAUACAAUGAUCUCAAUGAAACUAAGAAAGUAGAGGUUGGAUCGCAAACACUUAGCACGGGGGACAUUGUUAUUACGAGAAUUCACUUCAGGGAGGAAGACAAACUAAACGAGAGGAUUCUGGACGCCUCUCCCUUAAGCAAGAGGCUAGGUAUCAACAAUAUGUCUUGAUGACUUUCAGACAACAUCAAUGCAAUUUCCAUUUUACUGAGUGCCACAGUUUAUUUUCGAAACUACUCCUGUAUGUGAUCAAUUAUUUUUUACGUAGUUUUUAAGUUUUAAACUUGUUUAAAAGUGUAAAAUCCUAAAGUGGGUUUAUGGUCUAGUUUACCGGGUAUCCGAUAGCGGUGUAUUUGUUCAAGAUUGAAUUAAUUAUGUAGUGAGGACAUGCAUUAAUCGAGUGUAUUGUAAAACGCCUACACCGCGCCGUUUGCUCAUUUAAGCGGAGACUUGCGUGUACCCGUGUACAUUCGAAUAAAUGCAACGGUAAAUCGCAUAAUACGGCUACUUAAUUCCUUAAUCUGGAAUUGUCAGUAUCUGCUGUUUAAAUUUUACUGUAUACUUAUAGUUAGUUAUUUAUUUGGCUAUUGCCGAAACAAUCCGAACUUGUAUGUGAUAGAUUUAUGGCCUUGAUUAUGUCUUGAUCUUUUUGCAUUGUAAAUAAGAUAACAUUAACAUGCGAUAGUCUUUUACUGAAAUCACAAUGAUCGAGUAUCUUUAUGACGCAGUUAUGUGUCGGUAGUUUUAGCUACUCUCUCGGAAACUAUAUCAAAAUGGCAAUAAUAGUUAUACAAUAAAUGUUUUUAUUGUUCAAAUAUUUAACUAAUGUUUAGAUGUAGGUACAUUAGUGUUUAUUAUUACAUAGGUUUAAAGUCAAAGAGAUAUAAUAUGAGGUGGUGCUUGGAAAAUAACUUAUUCUAGCUUUAUCGAGUUAAAUGAACUAACUACGAUUUAAUGUUUUUGUACAAUAACUAGUAGUUUUUUAAAAUAAUUUUGUGCCUUCGAGUCAUAUCCGACGGAUGCCUUCGUAAAAUAAUAAUAUACUAAUUAUUUGGACGUGUAGCUUUUAUACGUAUUUAGAAAUAUAUCUACACAUUCUUUAGAUAAAAUUUAUUUAUGAGGAUAUUUGUUGUGGUGUAGUAUUUUACAAAAAAAAUGAAAUAAUACGAUGUAGCAUAAAUAUACACAUAUAUGAAAAUAGCUACAUUGGUUGAUGAGUAGGUGUUUCUAAGCAUGUUGAAUACUUUCGAAUAGUUUAUUUUUGUUUUACAUAUACUUACAUAAUAAAUAUGUUACAAAUUAAGUGAUAUGUUUAAAUACGCUUCAUUUACUAGUUGCUUAUAUUUAUUAGCUUCAGUAGCUUUUUAUGUAUUAAUAAUAACCCAUCAGUAUUGCCUUCCCCAAGUUUUAUUUCCAUUUUUGUACAUAAAUAAGACCGUUCUUUAUCGAUGAAGUUUAAACAAAAAUGAUUUCGGCGUCCAUUUUAGUAAUUUGCUUAAACUUUUUCAUUGUUUUCGUUUUUGUGCCCACUUUAAUAUUGCACAAUUUUGAAAAAAGUUAUUGCACUUUGUAUAUUGCAAUAUAAAAUGUCUCAGUGCCACUUAAACUUUUAAUUUGUAAGAAGCAUUUUUAGUCACAAUAAGAUUAAUAACCGUUUGUUAUUACUUAUUGAUCUAAUGUUAACAAAAGUUACAUUAUUGUCAGAAAAGCCUAGAUUUACGGCAAUGGAAAUGUAGCAAAUUAUCCCUUUAUUAAUUUGCACAUUGUUUAAGUUUAUAUUAAAUAAAAAGUUUUAAAGUAA